UAUUUGAAAAAAACAUAUUAUAACUUUUCUACAUCUUGGGAAUGAUUUUACGCAAACUGAUGUCUACCCUUACGCUUAACAAGUUAAAGAAACGAACAUUUACAGAAAAAGUGGGUAGGCCUAAAAAGAAGCUUGAUCGAUUCGAUGGAUUGUCAGAAGAAGAAGUACAAAAAUAUACUUUACCAGAUUAUCUGGAAAUGAAUUUGGACAUGGUUUUCGUUGGAAUCAAUCCUAGUUUAAUGGCAGCACAUCGUGGUAGAUAUUACGCUGGUCCAGGUAAUCACUUUUACAAGCUUUUGCAUGAAUCAGGAUUGACACCGCGGUGUCUAAAAUACGAAGAAGAUUAUAAACUUUGUCGUUAUGGAAUCGGUUUAACGAAUAUUGUUUCACGAGCAACAAGAUCUUCCGCUGAUUUGAAACGAACAGAAAUCAAAGAAGGUUGCGAAACAGUAAAGGAAAAACUAAAACAAUAUAAACCAAAAAUUGCUGUUUUCAAUGGUAAAUGUAUUUAUGAUGUGUUUUCGAAUAAAACAAACGACUUCCAUUUUGGAUUGCAACCCGAACGUAUUGAAGACGUCGCACUUUGGGUCACUCCAUCAAGUAGUGCUCGUUGUGCAAAUUUUCCCAAAAUGACGGACAAAUUACACUUUUUCACCGCUUUGAAAAAAUAUUUGCAAUUUUUGAAAGGAGAAAUACAAAAUGUCGAUACAAGCGAAUUUUUAUUCGAAGGGAAAUGUAAACAAUUUAUACCGCGAACUUCAAAAAUGUGGAGACGAAAAAAUGUAUCUGCGUUUUUGUAUGGGGGAAGAAUUGCUAAUAAAGAUACUGUAUGUCUCGAUACUUCUGAUGAAAAUGUAGCUGUAGCUUGUAGUACAGAAUUUAUAGUGAAACAUGUACAAAUUGACAAAAAUAGUGAAAUUAAAGAAAUGCUUGAUACAGAUAGAACUGAACCUUCAAAAAAUUCAGAAGCAAUUAUUGCGGAAGGACGUGUAAAAACAUUUUUUGAAAGUGAUACAUCCUUUCAGAAGGAGGAAUCAAAUUUUCUACACAACGAGAUCAAUAAUGUGAAAAAACCAAGUUCUAAAAAACUUUCCCAACAAACUGAUAAACUACAGAAUUUUGUUAGAAAGAAAGGGAGUGCCUCAGAUUUUAUAAGUUUAAUAAAACAAAGGUUAGAAGAAAAGGAGCAUAAUAAUUUUGAUGAUAAAAAUAAUUCUAAAAAACUAGUUAAGCCGAGUAGUUCUAAUUAAAAAUUUAAAUUAACAAACUGGAAUAAUGUAAUGAUACAUGUAUAAGUGUAUGCAUACAGAAGAAAUUACAACAGUUUGCACAUACUUGAUGAUAAAUUUCAAAUAUUUGAAAUAAUAUAUUAAUGUUUGAGAUAUUUUAUAAAUAUUGAUUUAUCUAGUGAUUAACAUUAGUCAAAUUCUAAAAAAAUUAAAGCACAAGUUUACACAAAUUUAUAAAUAGUUCUAUUAAAAUAUACAU